UCAUCAUGAAACGCAAGGAGAUAGAUCAUAUCCCUCUUGAUCUAACGGUGGAGAUUCUCACAAGAUUACCAGCCAAGUCUCUUUUGAGGUUCAAAUGCGUUUCCAAGUUGUGGUCGUCCAUUAUCCAAAGCCAAGGCUUCAUCGAUUCCUUCUACUCCAUUUCCUCUACACGACCACGGUCUAUAGUCGCUUUCACCAACGGUUUAUUCGCCAAGGAUGAGGACAAGCGUUUUUUCAUCUUCUCGUCUUCACAAGAGGGACAUGAAUCUUCUUCUUCUGUGAUAAACAAUCUCGAUAUCACAAUACCUUCUUUAACCGUUUGUAAUAACCCUGCGUCACGGUGUGUUUCCGUCAAUGGUUUUGUGGCCUGUUCACUUAACACAGGGCUCAUGAUAUGUAACCCUAGCACUAGACAAGUCAUUGUCUUACCAAUCUUACCCCCACGUCACGCUCCAAAAAUGAGAGGCAGAUGUCUAGGGUAUGAUCCGGUGGAUGAUCAAUUCAAAGCUUUGGCUCUCAUUUCUUCUCGCUUACCUAAUAAUUAUAGUGUAGAGCACUUGGUGUUAACUCUAAAAGGUGAUAAAAAAAAGUACUCAUGGAGGCAAAUCCAAGGUAACAACAACAUCCCACCUUAUUCACCUGUAACUAUGAGAGUAUGCAUCAACGGGGUUGUGUAUUAUGGUGCUUGGACUCCAAGACCAAGUAUGAAUGCAGUGAUCGUUUGUUUUCAUGUUAGAUCCGAGAAGAUAACUUUUAUCAAAGCACCUAAGGAUGUCGUACAAUGGUGGGCUGAUUCGAGUUUGAUGGAAUACAAAGGGAAAUUAGCUUCCAUUGUAAGAUACCCUUAUGCUCGUUUCGAUAGUUUUGAUUUGUGGGUGUUAGAAGAUAUCGAGAAGCACGAAUGGUCUAAGCAAACAUGUGAGAUUCCUCUCUCUGUGUGGGAUUCUAUUGAGGACGGUAACAUGUCUUUUCCAGGUAUUAACAAGUUUGGUGAGAUCAUUCUAGCACCGACAUUCUUGUCACGCUAUCAUCAUCUUCGACCCUUCUACAUUUUCUACUACCAUAUAGAAACAAAGAACAUUAGAAGAGUUAGGCUUGAAGGAAUUGCAGAUGAUGAAAAUUUUAGGCGGUGCUAUGGAAUUGGAAAGAAUGUUGGUCCAUGUAAAGUCUUUAUCUCACCGGAACAUGUUGAAACUAUAAGGUUUUUGUAAUGUUUUUUUUUUAUUCAAGGAUAUGUCCUAUUUGCUU